AAAGGGAGACAAAUGUCAUUCAACUGUACAAAACCGGAACAACUUUGACGAAAAAUUGACGACAAAUUAUAUUCGGAAACCCGUCAAAAAUAGUCGUUUUUUAAAAAAAAAUUGGGUGCAAUGUAAAACAUUCAAGACAGCUUCAUCUCUUAACGUAAUUAGACAAGAAGAAGAAAGAGAGCCGUGCAGGAAGGAAUAAUAGUUUUGUUUCAUUUUAUUUUAAGUUGAAUAACUAAGAAUUUCGUCAUUUUUUUGAUCAUUAAUUAAAAGUAGGUCUUAAAAUUGGUGAAGAUGAAGUGAAAAUUUGUGCUGGAGAGGGAUUUGACCUGUGAAAAUUUAGCAAUGACCGAUUAGCGGUCGUUGAAGAUUUUUCAUUUUCUUGCUGGCAUAAAAUUCUGUUAAAAAUGCUUCCUACACACGGCUUAUUUCGCUCAAUUCCCUGCCCUUACUACGUCUCGGGCCUAUGUGAACGCCCCCACUGUCUUUUUCGGCACACUAAAUCGGACGUGCUCCUCGCCAGGCAGGCAGAUAUUUGUGCGACGAGUGACGGAGAAGAAGAAGCUGAACCCGCAGCGCGAGAGACUAUCAAUCAACAAGGAGGCGGCCGAGAUAAGCUUGUACAAGUAUCGAGAGGAGUAAAAAGGAAGGCGGAGGAUCAAGCGAUAAACGAGAACGAGGGGAAAUCUCAUUGCGGGGAGGUAAUUUGGAUAAAGGGUGAAGCUGGUGGUGUAGGGAAAUCUAUUCAUCUUCCUGAUAAGACUGCUGAGAACAAGAGUCGUAGUAGUAGUGGGAGGGAAGGGAAGGAGUCAUCAAAGUCGUCUUCUAGGGACCACAGGCACAAAAGUAGUAGUAGCAGCAGUAGCAGUAGCAAAAGGUCGUCUAAAAGCAGCUCGGAUAAUAGCAAAGUUCAAGAUAAGAAAAGUUCAAGCUCAUCACGGGAUAAGGAGGACUCGAAUAAUCAUCAUCGGUCGCACUCUUCAUCGUCAAAAUCAAAGUCUUCAGAUAAAUCGCAUAAGUCCAGCUCGUCAAAAUCCAACAGUAACAAUAAUAAGUCAUCUUCAUCUCAUAAAUCUAGUCGGAGUAGUAGCAGCAGCAGCAAAGACAAAUCAAAGAGCAAAACCUUGAGUGAGUCCCGGUCUAGAAAGUCUGAUUCGAAUGACACUAUAAUUAAGAAAGAAAGCUCGUCUGUCACUACAGUACCUGAUGAUGAUGAUGAUGUAAGGAUCCUUGAUUCAAGUAAAGCUGAGGAUUUAGAAUUAUCAUCGAACGCAAUUUACGAAGACGAAGAGAACUUUAAUUUGCCACAAAUUAGUGACUCUGAAGACGACCCAGAUGAUAUUGAGCUGGAAUGCCUAAGACUUUUUCAAGACUAUCAGCCAGAGGCUAAAUCACCAGAGAAAAAAAUAGUAGUAGGAAAUCCAGCAUUAGCUCUGCAAAGUGACCCUGGUAGGAAGAGGCAAGCACAUCCAGGAGCGUCCGAAAAGAAAGCGACAUUACCCCCUUCAGUCAGGAAAUCUACUUUCAACUUGCAUGAACAAAUUGCGAGGAGACUUGAAUCUCAGAAGAAGGUUGUUAACAGUCGAAUUGAAGAAACCAAGAAGAUUAUCCCUAGUUCAUCUUUUGUACAAAAGGCAACACAUCAGACCAUGAGUGGGACUCAAUCUCUAUCGUCGGGUCCAAGUACAGUUGGUAAUAAAAAGCGAAUAGCGCAUGUGCCAAAUGUCUCUGGAUUACUGAAGUCGCCAUCAAUCCCGGUGGAUAACAAGACCCCUUUAAAAUCUAGUGGUAGUACAUCCACGAGCUCAUCAUAUUCAACAGCCAGUAUAACUCUCUCGCGUACCUCCGACAAAGGAGUCCCCCGUGUUGCGCACUCCACGAUAAUUUAUGCAACUAAUAAAAACAAAGGCCCUCUGGUUAACAUUGACGCUCCUGCAAAGGGAAUUGGUAAAAUUCCCGUCCUGUCACGGCAGAAGGUGCUGGAUCAGCUUUUUGAAGCCGCAAUGCUCGUCCACGACAAUCAGUCGGACGCGUUUCAGCGAGCCAUUGACGAGGAGGCUACCAUUCAAGUUAGGUCUAAAACAAAAGCAGUCUACACAAGUCUUGCUGUCAGUAAAGUUAGGACUAUUAGAAAGGAGGCAGAAGAUCAACAUAACCAGCUAAAUCAAGAGGGUCAAUCUUCAACAUCCCCUGGUGCUAAGCGUGACAAAGAUCCCUCCAUCCGACCCACUGGACAGUCCCUUUACCAAGGGCUGAAAAAUGUCGUUCUAAAAGAAGAGGACCUUGUGGCCAAUGGCUUCCCUAGAUCUCAUCCUAAUGGGGAACCUGGUUGUGCUGUAGCCACGUUAGGGCUUUGGAAUACGGAGUAUGUUUCAGAACAAACGCGACGGACCUGUGAUCGAUGUCACAAGGUUUUUAACGUCGAUGAAACUGGCAUUCAAGCAGCCAAUGAAGGUUCGUGCGUUUAUCAUUCAGGAAAAAAGACAUCACAACAGGUAAACCGAGCCUGGAAGGUGAUCUUCUCAUGUUGUGGUGAUGAAAGAGGGUCUUCAGGCUGCUCCACGGCAACCUUUCACGUUCCAAAGUCACAUCCGGUCGCUUCAACAAGAGGAUUCGUCUCUGCGGUCCAAUCCAUGGGAUCCGACGAGACGAUGGGAACCAAUCGGUGGGACGUUGUUGCGAUAGACUGUGAAAUGGUCUACACUACUGGAGGUAGCGAACUGGCCCGAGCCACCUUCUUGGACAAGGACGGCGAAGUCAUCUAUGACGAAUUAGUAAAACCUCAACAUCCAGUAUUAGAUUAUAACACCAAGUACAGUGGCCUUACUGAGUCCAUAAUGGAGGGCGUUACCAACACACUGAACUCAGUUCAAGCCGUCUUAUUGACCCAGUUGAAGCCUAACUCCAUUUUAAUCGGGCAUAGUUUGGAGUCCGAUCUGAUUGCCCUGCGAGUGAAACAUGAUUAUGUAGUCGACACGUCGCUUUUAUAUCCACACCGACGAGGCCUACCUUACAAGAAAGCUCUGAAAAUGUUAUCCCAAGAGCAUUUACGAAAAUUGAUCCAAGAGUCUGUAGAUGGUCACGACAGUGCCGAGGACGCUCGCGCGGCAUUGGAUCUUGCUGUUCUUUAUGUUCAGCAGAACACACAGUGCCAUUAGUAUUACGCAAUAUUACAAAUAUGUAAUUCGAGUUACAGAACACCCAAUUAUGAAUACUCUUAAAGAACUAAAAGACUGAAUACUAACUAAAUAGCUUUGUGAAUUGGCCUUGAUUAUAUUAGGAUGAUUCAAAAGAGUUCAGUAUUAUUUAGUAAUAAUAGUUCAGGUCAACUACUUGAUUUUUAUAACCAAACCUUUAUUGAAAUAAACAAUGUGUCGUCAUCAUAAUAA